AUGCUCUCCUGGGUUUGCCCCAGUUUUCCAUGGCAUGUUUCAUUCCUACAUAGUCCUACCAUCAAACGAAUCACAGUGCAGCAGGUGCCGGCGGAAUAUGCCAAUCUGCCCCGGCUGGAUGGUCGUGCUGUGAUUGAGUUCACUGUGAAACGUGGCCCUGAAGCAGGAACAAAAGUGUAUUCUCUCGACUCAGAGUUGUAUAACGAGGCGAAGUUUAAGUUGACCGUAGACGGCUGGUCUUCCCCCUUGUCAGCUGGAGAUUUUGUGGAUCUCGUGCAGCGGGGCUUUUACGACGGGAUGCCCAUUCAGCGUGCAGAUGGCUUUAUUAUUCAGACAGGAGAUCCUGGCCCAGAGAAGGGCGGUGGAUUCCAACCAACACCAGGUGGCCCUGUGAGGCUGAUCCCAUUGGAAGUCGGUAUCCGUGGUCGACCGGAGACCCUCUACGGCGAGACAGUGGAUGAAGCCCGCCUCGUCGGAAAGGAGGUGAAGAUCCCUUUCCAGGCAGAUGGAACCGUGGCAUUGGCGCGCAGGGAGUUUGACAACGACACAGCUCCUACUCGUAGACUCUUGUUUGCACUUUUGGGUCUUCAAAAGACAAGUGGAUUCGACAUCGAUGGUUGCACCAGCAUCAUUGUCAAUGCUGAUGCAAUGGUGGACGGAUCAGCCGUUGCCUCGCAUGCCAAUGAUUGUGCAGAUUGUGACUGGCGAGUUGUCUACGUCCCAGCGAAGGACCAUCCAAAAGGAUCGGAGCGGAUGAUCUACGAUGGCGUGUGGAGCCAAUAUCCCAGGCUUGUGGACCCGUCACGUUCGAAGCAAUAUCAGCCGGCCUUGGGCAUCACCUCGUCAGCCAUUUUGGGCCGCAUCCCUCAGGUGAAGCACACCUAUGCACUGUGGGAAGCAAGCUACGGUUUGAUGAACGAGCAUGGCUUGGGGCUGGGUGAAUCCACGUGCUCGUCUUUCUUGGUUGGGACAGGAAUUUCACAGGGUGGGACUGCCUUAUUUUCCAUUGGGAAUUUGAUGGCGAUUGCUUUGGAACGGUGCAAGACUGCACGCUGCGCGAUUCAAACCAUGGGCGAUCUUGGUGCGACGUAUGGUUUCUACGGUGAAGAUCCCGGCAUGGGUGGUGCAGGUGAAGCGGUCACCUUGGUUGACAAGACCGGUGAAGCAUGGGUGUUCCACAUUUGUGGAGGUGUGCCGAGCAAGGAAGCAAAUGCGACUUGGGCCCAUCAAAGAGGAGCUUUGUGGGCUGCACAGCGGGUACCAAGUGGACAUGUGGCAGUCGUGGCAAACAGCAUGAUCAUUCGAGAGGUCGAUGUCCAUGACAAGGAGAAUUUCAUGGUUCAUCCUGGAUUGGUGGACUUGCUCAAGGAAGCAAAACUAUGGGACGGCACGGCCCCUCUGGAUUGGCAGAAGUUGGUUGCACCAAAUAUGGAGACCUUCAGCUACUUUCCUGGUCUAGCACCUAUUCCGAUGUAUUCCACGUUGCGUAUGUGGGGCGUGUAUCGCCAGGCUGCGCCGAGCGCAAACAUCCAUGCCACCAAAGACUUGAGUAGCUUUCCGUUCUCAGUGCCCGUCGAUGGCAAGGCCACCAUCCUUGAUGUGAUGAACUGGUUUCGCACGCACUAUGAGGGCACUGAAUUUGACAUGCGCUACGGCAGUUUGGCGGGACCAUUCCAGACGCCAAACCGCUUUGAAGGUGGUGAUGGACCCAAAGCGGUGCCAGGGCAAUUCGCACGCUCUACAUCCAUUCCAAGAACUUCUUACACGGUGCUCCUGCAAUCUGGGCCAAUCUCUCAGCCGCGUGUGUGGUACGCACCCGAUGCAUCAGCAUCUUCCAUUUUUGUGCCUUUCUUCGCCUCAGCUCUGAGUGGAGCAGAUGGAAAGUUCGAUGUUGCUGCUUACGGUACUGGCUCAAUGAAGAGCUUCAGCUUUGCUUCCAAAGACGAGAUUAUGCCAGCGUGGUGGGCGCAUGACUUUGUGGCCAACUGGAUGGACCUGUGCUAUCAGAACAUGUCUGAGCAGUACAUUUAUCCAAAGGUCUCCUCCUUGCAGCGGGAGGUCUAUGAAGAGACUGAGGAUGCCAUCAAGAAAGCCGAAAAUCCAAUGAAGUUGGCCGAGCUUGCAAGUGGCAUACAGCGGAAAGUGACAGAGGAGUGGUGGCAACUGGCAGAAAAAAUGAUUGUCCGCUACAAUGAUCAUUUCUUCAACUACCCUGAAUUCGCCCCAACUAGCGUCGGGCCAGUUGGGUAUCCAGCUUUCUGGUUGGAGAUGAUUGGUUAUGAUCAAGAGUUCUACAGGCCGCAUUGGUUCCAGAGGUCGCCCUUUGUUCCAUCGAUGCUGCCAGAAACUGUGCAGGAGCAACUGGGCUUUGCUUCUCCCAUACAGGUCCUGUCUCAGGCGCCAGCGUGGGCCCCAAUGCCAUCUUAUGGCGUCCUUGGUUUCUUCCUCAUCACUCCAGCAACAGCCUUGAUGACUUACUUCAUGGGCUAUCGUCGAGGCUUGCAAGCUUCUCAAGCAGACGGAUACAGCCAGUUGUCCGCCUAA